AUGGAUGUGGACACAUGUAUUCGGGAGAAUAUCGUGUGGCAGAAACUACCCGAGGAUAUUCGAGUUUUGCUUGGAAAUUCACAACGAGAGUACGACAAAUUGGUCUUGGAGUACUCCAUAAAGAAUCAGCUGCGAUAUAAGGGAAACUUAGGUGAGUGUUUUAACUGUGGUUUCAUCUUAUCUUGAAA